CUCCCUCUCCCGCUAUUUAAGCCUGUCCCGCUCGCGACUUCUGUCUGAUGCGGGGUAGCCGGGCCUAGUCGAGUUUCCAUAGUAACCGCCUCCUCGGCCUGGAGUGAGUGAGUGAGUGAGCGCAGCGCAGCGCAGCAUGGCCUGUUACAAGCUGGUGAUCGUGCGGCACGGCGAGAGCUCCUGGAACCAGGAGAACCGCUUCUGCGGCUGGUUCGACGCCGACCUGAGCGAGAAGGGGGAGGGGGAGGCCAAGCGGGGGGCCCACGCUCUCCGGGAGGCCGGCUACCUCUUCGACGUCUGCUACACCUCGGUGCUGAAGAGGGCCAUCCGCACCCUCUGGAUCAUCCUGGAGGGCAUCGACCAGAUGUGGCUGCCCGUCACCCGCACCUGGCGCCUCAACGAGCGCCACUACGGCGGCCUGACCGGCCUCAACAAGGCGGAGACAGCGGCCAAGCACGGGGAGGAGCAGGUUAAAAUCUGGCGCAGAUCCUUCGAUAUUCCGCCGCCGCCCAUGGAUGAAAAGCACCCUUAUUACUGCUCCAUCAGCAAGGCACGGCGCUACGAGGCCUUAACAUCUACUGAGCUGCCAACCUGCGAGAGCCUGAAGGACACCAUUGCGCGAGCCUUGCCUUUCUGGAAUGACGUGAUUGUGCCACAGAUUAAGGCUGGCAAGCGUGUGCUGAUUGCGGCCCAUGGCAACAGUUUGAGGGGCAUCGUCAAGCACCUUGAGGGCAUGUCUGAUGCUGCGAUCAUGGACCUCAACCUGCCGACUGGUAUUCCCAUCGUUUACGAGUUGGACGCACACCUGAAGCCCACUGGCCCCAUGAAGUUCCUGGGAGAUGAGGCGACUGUAAAAGCAGCCAUGGAGGCUGUAGCAGCACAAGGCAAAGUCAAGAAGUGAAGCAGAGACAAUGUACCGCAAGCCUUUGGGUGAAGUUAGUGCCUGUAAACUACCAUACAUCAAGUCUACAAACACUGCUGUUCAACCAUUUUUUAAAAUGUUUCUGUAUGCAGUUAUUUAUCAUGAAGAAAUUUUAAAUUAAACAUGAUUGGAUCUGCUUUUA